AUGGCAACCAAGUUGCUGCGACUGGUUAAUGACAAGAAGAAACUUGAUUCAGAUGGAGGGGGAGGUGGGAAGAAGGUACGCGACAUUGAAGCUGAAGAAAGGAUGGAAGAGAUGCAUGAGAGGAUGAGAGAAUAUGAGAAGCAAAAUGCUCAGCUUAAAGAAAAGUUGAUGUUGGCCAAACAACAAGCUAAUGCCGCCAGUAAAAGGCCAACAGCUUAUGAUCACGUUCAGUCAAGAAUCAAUACGGGUAUUGCCAAACAGCAGACCAUUCAGAUUGACCCCCGAAUAACCAAGAAUCUCCGAGUAAUGGGACCUCCAAUGGAGACUGGCCGAAGAGGUCCGCACAGCCCCACUGGUCCCAGAUAUGGUCACAGUGUGUUAGAAGAAACUAGACAUGAGAAGAGGAAUCUACAACACUACGUGAAUGAGCUACAAGAACGAAUCAAUGUUUAUGAACUUGAAAUAGAAAGUCUGAAAGAACAGAAUCGUAUGAGGGAAUCAGAAUUCGAAGAAGAUAUUCUGAAGAUCAAACAGCAAAUUACUGCUGAACAAAAAGUUAACCUACAAGAGAACAUUGAUAUGAUCCGACUCCAGCGGCAAGUGAAGGAGAAGUCCACUCGUCUGACGGCCAUCCAAGACAAAUACUCAUCACUGGAGGAGAACACUCGCGUGAUAAAGAUGAACCAUGACCAGGUGCUGAUGAAAAUGGAGGAGCUGAACAUGAAGCUAAAGGAUGAAGAAAACAAGAGCCUUACUCUGCAGAACGAACUCAAGUACAACUCGGCCAAUCAGAGGAAGGUGGUGGAGCUUGAAGAGCAGGUGUCUGACCUGCAGAAGGAAAGCCAAAUCUUGAAAGAAGCAAACGAAAAGCUUGUUAGCAGUGCAUUUGAUCUUGAGAGAGAGCGUGAAUGGAGGCAGCGGGAGAACGCCCUUAAAGUGCAGAUAGCACAGCUGGAGGCCACACUCAAGGCCGACCUUGGAGAGAAGGGGGGCAUCAUUGAUAAAUAUGCAAUGGAGAGGGAUGAGAACGAGAAGCUAGCGCGUGACUUCCAGGAGCUGCAGGUCAAGUACUUCCAGAUCAAGGAGCAGUAUGAUGACCUGGAGGAAAAAAUGAAGUUCUUCACCAAGGGAAGUGCUGUAGAUUUCACGGAGAUGGAGGAGGCCCUGGUAUUGGUCAAGCAGAAGAAACAGAAGGCCAUGCCACAGCCGGACUUCCUGCAGCAGGUCGACAACGAGAUGACCAAAGACUACCACAAGCAGCUGCUGGACCUCCAGGCUGAGUAUGCAGAGACAGUCCAUGAGCUGGAGAAGACCCGCAACAUGCUGAUGGUCCAACACAAGAUAAACAAGGACUACCAGACAGAGGUGGAGAUGUCUGCUGGCAAGAUGGCAGACGUGAAGAAGGAGUAUGAGAUGAAACUGGAUGAGUAUGCUCGACUUCUAGAUAUACGGCAGGCUAGAAUAAAGAAACUGGAAGCUCAGCUUCGGGAUGUAGCUUAUGGAACCCGACAAUACAAGAUUAUGCCGCCAACUGAAGAUGAGGAGUCAACAAUAGAAUUUGAUGAGACGAUUCAUCUGGAGAGGGGACAGAAUCUCUUUGAAAUACAUAUCAACAAGGUGAACCUGUCUAAUGAUGCGAUACGUGCCCUUGGGGAUGAAGAACCUUCGAUAUUCUGCACAUGGGAGUUCUUCGAGUUUGAGAUUCAGUCCACGCCAGUCGUCAGGGGUCCAAGAUCUGAGUACAACUUCACCUCCCAGUAUGUUGUCAAAGUGGAUGACUUCUUCUUACAUUAUUUACAAAAGGACUCUUGUACUCUGGAGCUGCACCAAUCAUUUGGCCAGGACUUCCAGACACUGGCAGUCUGUCAGCUUGUCUUCAGAGACAUAUUUGACAAGCCCCAUGGGCGAAUACAUGGCACUGCCACAUUUACAGGUGUUGGUGAAGGUAUCAAUGGAAUUGGGUUCGGAACUGUAGACUACUGGGUGAGACUACGGGUCCCCAUGGACCAAGCUCUCCGGCUCUACAAGGAGAGGACCAAGGCACUUGGUUAUAUCACCACCAACCAGCACGCUACACAGCACGCUCUACAGGCCCUGGAUGAACAGGCAGCUCAACGACCCAUGGAUAAUGUCAAUGAGCUGCAUAUCAAGAUAUCCAAAUGUACUGGUAUCAAGUCACGCAGGAAGAAUGUGCAGCCCUCUCCCUACUGUGUGUACAAGUUUUUCGAUUUCGAUGAUCAUGACUCAGUGAUUCUACCCAGCACAAACAACCCUGAGUUCAAUGACCACAAGACAUACCCUGUACCCAUGACCAGUGAUCUGGACCAGUAUCUCAGAACUGUGCACCUGUCGGUGUAUGUGUUUGACGACACUGACCCCGAUGACACAGCCUACAUGGGCGUCGCUCAGAUCCCCCUCAUUCCUCUGGCUCAUGACAAGGGUGUAUCAGGAGUGUUUGAACUGAAGCGGCCUGACGGCAAGACUAACGGCUGCAUCAACAUGGAACUACGCUGGCAGUACACCUACAUUCCCCCCAAGAUGCCCGUCAGGUCACCACGAGCGCCGGACUACGCUCCUGAUGAUCCUCCAGAGAAACUUGUGUCUUCCCCUGUCCCCAAGAACCGCAUGGCUGCCAAGUUUUCCAAACAAGGCCCUUCAGCCACAUCAACUCCCAUGCCAAAAGAUCGGUUGAUGGCGGUGGAAUCUCAGAUUGUGGAAACUGAACUCUCUACUGUAGCGGCAUCACAGGUGACAUUACCCUCCGUUUCUGUGUCGAUGGAGGACCAGGAGCAGGAGACGAUGAUCCAAGAUGCAGUUUCCCAGGCGGUCUCCGGCUUCUUGCCGGGAGUGUCUGAGUCCAUCUCCUCCGUACAGGAGCAAACCGGAGAGGUAGAGUCUAGAGGUGGUGAGGAGGAGGAAGUGCCACCCACUGAGGUACCGGCACCCAGUGAGGAGGAUCUUGAGAUCCCCCUAGACUCACAGGAUCAUCGUGGAGGUCAUGUGACCACAGAGGAUGACACCGAGGGGGAGGAGCUUCAGCCGAAACCCUCCCCCUUCCCCCGUAAUCGUCACAUGAUGAUUGAAUCGGGGUCGGAGGAAGGCAAGCGAAAGCCCGUCCCCAGACCCAAGGCACGGACACAAUUAUCCCGAAGUGAUUCCAAAGCUGGAGAGGUAACUCCUAAGCCUUCGCCAAAGCCAAUGGAUGACACAAUGUUUGAAGAUGAAGGUUCAAUUGAUGAAGAGAUCACGGAAGAACUGGAGAGUCAGGGCAACACACUGACAGAAACACAGCCCGAGGUACACUCCUCGCCACCAUCAGAGAAGGUGUCGGAGUCCGAGUCCGAGCCAAUAAAGAUAGAGUCAGACAGUGAAGGGCUUGUGAUGAUGAAGUCACUGCCAUCCAAGAGGAAAAUCAGAGCCUCCAAGCCAGGGAACACUGUUACUGUCAUCAUCUCCAACCUGACCUUGGAGGAGGACUGCGCCAUGAUGUCCCGCGACAACAUCAAGCAGCUGUUUGUGGAGUACAAGUUCCUCGGCCUGGACCCCCAGGAGACAGAGACACCCUUCUCACUGCCCAAACCUAAACCAUACCAGCAGAUCACGUACAACUUCACCAAAACUAUACAAGUGGACAUGGAGAAGAACUACGAGAGGAGGCAGUACCUGGCCAGUAUGUUGCUGCCUGAUGAUCCAGAUGGAGGAAGGAUCAGGUUCACUUUGGUCAGUGAACCACCGGAGGACGACCAGGAUGCAGACUGUGAGGAUGUGGGUGUGGUCUAUGUCAGUGUCAAGGACAUUCUACUCAAGAAGAAGGAUGUCAAGGAUACAGAUAUUGAUAUUCUGGACGUGAAUGACGAGACAAAGGUGAUCGGCCAGAUGAACCUGACAGUGGAAUGUCUGGCAGCUCUGGAGGCCGUGGAGAGGGAGAUGCAGGUGGAGGGCACAUACUGAACUCAACCCAGCUGACCUAAUGAAUGAAUGAUACUGAAGCUUUGUUCUGAAUCAUGAAUGAAUGCCUUGUCCUGACUGAAUGAUGUACCGUGCAUGAUUUGAUGUCAUUGACUUAUGGAUAGAACACCUGAGUGUCACUGAAAGAAGGGCUGAAUACAUCUAAGUGUUACUGGAAUAUUAACGUUGCCUGGACAUACCAUAAUCACUGAAGUAUCACUGGUCGAAUAAAAGUGCUGUCAGAUACUGCAUUAUUUUAACAAAUAUGUGAUCUGUGUCCUGAGUAUUGAAUGCGUGUACAGACACAUGCAAAAAGUAAUCGGACACUUGACGUAAUUUCCAUAGACUUACAUGUUAAUUUAGUGUAGCAUAAAUAAUUUUCAUGACUUUAUUUUCAUAAGAUCCAAGUCAAAGUUGCACAUCUGUGAGGAAUCAUCUUACCUAUAAUCACAUAAUUUCUGUUUAAUUUUCGGUUGCUUAUUUAUCGAAUAGAAACAAUUUAAUCAACAUAUGUACAGUGCCGUGAACUCCUAACAUGGCAGCCUAUGGGAGUGUGCAUUUUGGAACCAUACGCAAGUUGGUAAAUGUGAUGUCAUUAGUUAAAUAGUGGUCGGAAAAUUGAACGGAAAUUAUGUGCACAGAGCAGAGAUGAUUUCAAAUUUGCCUGUCAAAUUUUACAUAGAUCCAUCCCAAACUCACUUCAUGAAAAUUAUUUAUGCUACACUGAAUUAACAUGUAAGUCUAUGGAAAUUACGUCAAGUGUCCGAAUACUUUUUGCACGGGUCUGUACAUUUGCCAUAAGACCAGGCCAGUCAGCUGUUGUUUAGUGACAGUAAAUUAGUGUGUGCCUUUCUCAGAAUAUAUUGUACAUAGUGUCUUAUCCUGUUGUCUGUGAUACGUAGCCGUACUUUGUGUAAAGAUCUAUUUAUUAUUGUCUGUGAUACAUAGUUACAGCUGUAUGAAACUGAUACCGUCCUCUGUAAUGUUGAGUUCCCUCCAACAGAAACGUUUUUAGAAUCAUUUUUAACAUUACUGCAUUUUACAUGUAGUCUUAAUAUCUUAAUUUAUAUGUUCAGUAGUGAUGUCGUUAAAGUGUAAAGCUAGUGUAGAUAUAACUUCAGAAUCAUACAGAUGGAUUGUAACAAAUAGUGCCCUUAGUUUUGUACAAAUAAAGUCAAUGUGCCUUUAUAUAAUAAAUGUCUUUAGAUAUUAA